UUACCCUUAUUCCAGUGGUGUGCACCUCGUGUUAAUCACAAUUUCCUAGGCCGGCACUCUUAGGCAUGGACCAAUCAAUGUCCACUUUUUAUUUUAUAUGUUUGGUCUUGUUCUAAGCUUUUGUUAUAUACCUUUUCUAUAAUAUUAGUUGAAUGGUAUAAUCUUCACAGACCCAGCACAGUUUGGGUGUUGGAAAUGGGAAACUUAGCUGCAGAGUCUCUCUGUGCUUUAUUGUUGCUAUGUUUCUAUGGCAAACUUAUAGUUAGUGCUAAAUACAUGAAGUAUAAUACUGGGGCCAGUAUUGUGCCAGGAAAAUUGAAUGUUCACUUGGUUCCACACUCCCAUGACGAUGUUGGUUGGCUGAAAACCAUUGAUCAGUACUAUGUUGGGUCAAACAAUAGUAUCCAGGGGGCAUGUGUUGAGAAUGUGUUGGACUCGGUGGUUGUAUCUCUUCAGAAAGACCCAAAUAGAAAGUUUGUGUUUGCCGAAAUGGCAUUUUUCCAUCGAUGGUGGGUAGAACAAAGUCCAGAAACACAAGAACAAGUGAGAAAGCUUGUGGAUGCGGGGCAGCUAGAAUUCAUAAAUGGUGGUUGGUGUAUGCACGAUGAAGCUGCGACACACUACAUAGACAUGAUUGAUCAAACCACUUUGGGCCAUCGCUUUAUCAAGGACCAGUUUAACAAGACUCCUACUGUUGGAUGGCAGAUUGAUCCAUUUGGUCACUCUGCUGUGCAGGCUUACCUGCUGGGAGCUGAGCUUGGUUUUGAUUCUAUACAUUUCGCAAGGAUUGAUUAUCAAGACAGAGCUAAGCGCAAAGCUGAUAAGUCUCUUGAAGUUGUUUGGCGUGGCUCCAAAACAUUCGGUUCUUCAGCUCAGAUUUUUGCCAAUACUUUCCCUGUUCAUUAUAGUGCUCCAAAUGGUUUCAACUUUGAAGUCAAUAAUCCUGAUGUUGAUGUUGGUCCCGUACAGGAUGAUCCUCUUAUUUUCGAUUACAAUGUUAAACAACGUGUCAAAGAAUUUAUUGAUGCUGCUACUACCCAAGCAAACGUGACGAGGACAAAUCAUAUAAUGUGGACAAUGGGUGAUGAUUUCCAGUACCAAUAUGCAGAGUCUUGGUUCAAGCAAAUGGAUAAGUUAAUUCACUAUGUUAAUAAGGAUGGAAGAGUAAAUGCUUUGUAUUCCACUCCAUCUAUUUACACCAAUGCCAAAAAUGCUGCUAAUCAACUUUGGCCACUGAAAACAGAUGAUUACUUCCCGUAUGCUGAUAGUCCAAAUGCUUAUUGGACGGGCUAUUUCACUAGUCGCCCAGCCUUAAAACGAUAUGUUAGGAUGCUAAGUGGAUACUAUUUGGCAGCACGUCAACUUGAAUUCUUGGUUGGAAAGCAAUCAACUAAAUACAAUACUUAUGACCUUGGAGAUGCUCUAGGAAUUGCACAACAUCAUGAUGCUGUCAGUGGCACUGCCAAGCAGCAUACAACCAAUGACUAUGCCAAAAGAUUGGCUAUUGGAGCCUAUGAGGCUGAAGCGGUUGUUAGUUCUUCUUUGGCUUGUCUUACUAGAAAACAAUCAGGUGAUAAGUGUUCAACACCUGCAUCGGCAUUUGCCCAGUGUCAAUUGUUAAAUAUUAGUUACUGCCCUCCGGCAGAAGACAACAUUCCAGAGGCUAAGAGUUUGGUAGUAGUGGUGUAUAACCCACUUGGGUGGAAUCGUACUGACAUUGUCAAAAUACCGGUUAAUGAUGCUAAUCUUGUUGUCAAAGAUUCAUCGGGCAAUAAACUAGAAGUACAAUAUGUGGAUGUGGAUGAUGUUACGACAAAUUUAAGAAAAUUCUAUGUGAAGGCCUACGUGGGGGUGUCACCAAAACAAUCCCCAAAGUACUGGCUUUUGUUUCAGGUUUCAGUACCUCCACUUGGAUGGAGUACAUACUUCAUUUCUAAAGCAACUAGAAAAGGGACUAGGAGAAAAGAUUUAUCUCACACCAACAGUCAGAAAGGUGACACCAUAAACAUUGGGUCGGGAAAUUUAAAGAUGUCCUUUUCCUCAACAUCUGGACAACUCAAAAGGAUGUAUAAUUCCAGAACUGGAGUUGAUAUACCUAUUCAGCAAAGCUACCUUUGGUAUGGAUCUAGUGAGGGCGAUAGUGAUCCUCAGGCUUCUGGUGCAUAUAUAUUUCGGCCAAACGGAUCCCCCCCAAAUAUCGUUUCAAGAUCAGUGCCUACAAAGGUAAUUCGUGGACCACUAGUUGAUGAAGUUCAUCAGAAAUUUAGCUCUUGGAUUUACCAGGUUACUAGGCUUUACAAAGACAAAGAACAUGCUGAAAUCGAAUUCACUAUUGGUCCAAUUCCUACUGAUGAUGGAGUUGGAAAAGAGGUGAUCACACGAAUGACAGCAAAUAUGGCCACAAACAAGGAGUUUUAUGCGGAUUCCAAUGGAAGAGAUUUUCUAAAACGAGUUCGAGAUCAUAGGGAAGAUUGGCCUCUGCAAGUAACUCAACCAGUAGCAGGAAACUAUUACCCACUUAAUCUUGGAAUUUAUACUAAGGAUGAAAAAUCUGAGUUCUCAGUGUUAGUUGAUCGUGCCACUGGUGGAGCCAGCAUCAAAGAUGGUGAGGUGGAAUUGAUGCUUCACAGGCGUAUUCUCCAUGAUGAUAGUCGAGGAGUUGGGGAACCACUUGAUGAACAAGUUUGCGUGAACAAUAAUAAUACUUGCGAAGGACUAACAGUCAGAGGAAAUUAUUAUAUCAGCAUCCACAAGCUUGGAGUUGGUUCACGCUGGCGUCGUACAACUGGUCAGGAAAUUUAUUCUCCAUUCUUAGUGGCUUUUACACAUGAGAUCUCGGAAAAUUGGAAGUCCUCUCAUUUGACGAAAGGAACUAUCAUGGAUCCAAAUUACAGCUUGCCUCCCAAUAUUGCUUUGAUAACUCUUGAGGAGUUGGAUGGUGGAAUUGUGCUUCUCCGUUUGGCACAUCUAUAUGAACGAAGUGAAGAUGCUGAGUAUUCGACUCUAACGAAAGUUGAACUAAAGAAGUUGUUUGCCAUGAAAACGAUAAGGGAGUUGAAGGAGGUAAGUUUGUCAUCAAACCAAGAGAAAUCAGAAAUGAAGAGGAUGACAUGGAAGGUUGAAGGGGACAAAGGACAAGAACCUCAGGCAGUUAGGGGUGGCCCUGUCAGCUAUCACAAUUUGGUUGUUGAGCUUGGCCCCAUGGAAAUACGAACUUUCCUUUUGAAAUUUUAAAAUAGCUCAAAUAAUCAUUGAUGAUUUUAUUUGAAGGAAUAAACAUGUUUGAUCACAUGACUUUUACCCUUGUAAAAAUUGGUAGAGGGAGACCAAGAACGAUUUUGAAGGAAAACAUGAAAAGAAAUGAGUAAAGAUCCUAUCCAAUGACUAGAAAUAAUAUAUUUAAGACUUUGGUUCUUAACCAAAUCUAACGACAUCAGGUAACAGUGUAAUCGACUCCAUCUAAGAUUGUUGUUGUUAUAUUGUCAGAUAAACAUGUUUGAUGUUUCUAUGUU